AUGUUUCCCAAGGUCGCUCUCCUCUCCCUCGCUCUCGCCGCUGUUGUCUACGGCCAACAAGUCGGGACUCUAACAGCGGAGAACCAUCCCACACUCCAAGUUCAACAAUGUUCAGCGGGUGGCAGCUGUACGACUCAGUCUAGGGCGGUUACACUCGAUUCCAACUGGCGUUGGACACAUCAGGUUGGGAGUGCCACCAAUUGCUACACCGGCAACGAGUGGGACACGUCUCUCUGCCCCGAUCCCACCACCUGUGCAGCCAACUGCGCUUUGGACGGUGCCGACUAUGCUGGCACGUACGGUAUUACGACCAGCGGCAACGCGCUCACCUUGAAGUUCGUCACCCACGGACCAUACUCCACCAAUAUCGGCUCGCGCGUGUACUUGCUCGACUCAAGCGGCAGCAAGUACCAAAUGUUCAACAUGAAGAACCAGGAAUUCACCUUCGACGUCGACAUGACCGGCCUCCCUUGCGGUCUCAACGGUGCUCUGUACUUCGUCCAGAUGGACGCCGAUGGCGGAAUGGCCAGGUUCCCUACCAACAAGGCUGGUGCCAAGUAUGGAACUGGCUAUUGCGAUACCCAGUGUCCGCAAGACAUCAAGUUCAUCAACGGACAGGCCAACGUUCUGAACUGGGCGCCUUCUGACAGCGACGUUAAUGCUGGAUCGGGAGAAUAUGGCACUUGCUGCAAUGAGAUGGAUAUCUGGGAAGCUAACUCCCAAGCCGCUGCUCUCACUCCUCAUGUCUGCUCGGGCAUUACUGGCCAGACGAGGUGCACGGGUACCCAAUGUGGAGCUGGUGAUGCGAGAUACGAUGGAGUUUGCGACAAGGAUGGUUGCGACUUCAACUCGUGGCGUAUGGGCGAUGAGACAUUCCUUGGGCCUGGCUUGACUGUCAACACCAACUCCAAGUUCACCGUCGUCACCCAAUUCCUCACUUCCGACAAUACCACCUCCGGCACCCUCCACGAAAUCCGCCGUCUCUAUGUCCAGAACGGCAAAGUCAUCCAGAAUUCCAAUUCCAAGUUCUCCGGCCUCACCCAGUACAACUCGAUUACCGACUCCUUCUGUAACGACCAGAAGGCGCUUUUCGGCGACACCAACUCGUUUGAAUCCAGGGGUGGACUUGCUGCUAUGGGCGAUGCAUUCAGCGCCGGCAUGGCUCUAGUCAUGAGUAUCUGGGAUGAUCACGCUGUCAACAUGUUGUGGCUCGACAGUAACUACCCCACCGACGCUCCUGCAUCCCAACCCGGUAUCUCUCGCGGACCAUGCGCUACGACUUCCGGCCAGCCUAACGAUGUCGAGUCGCAGUCCGGCAAUUCACAAGUCAUUUUCUCCAACAUCAAGUUUGGCCCCAUUGGCUCUACUUACGCCCAUUGA